AUGACUGUUCUCCAGUUUGGUGUGGGUACCACCAGGGCUCUUGUCAAGACCACCAAUGCGAUGUCAUUCACUACGGAUGUGGCAGGAACCUCGGGCAGCACACUGAAUGUCAACGGCCACAGCGUUGAUCAAAAUCGCAUGGACUCAACCGGUUCCUUCAGGAGCGCCUGCACAACUCCAAGGCUUCGGCUAUCAACGUCGCUGGCGUCAAGACAUAACAGUCCCUUGCUAACCAAGAAACAGUACAACUGGGGCAACUCAGUCACUGCCUUGACUAUUGGUGGCAGAAGCAUUAACAUUCAGUGCUGA